AGCAUUCUCUCAGUCGAUUGAGGGCGCUCUUAACCAAGGUCAAGAGAUUCUCUUAAUCUCAUUCUCAUCAUCGAUGAAAAGCAAAAACGAGAAAGGCACAAAUAAAGCAUAUUUGUGGAAAUGAAUAUUAAGGUUGAAAAUGAUGAUGAUGGCUUUGGUGAUAAGCUAUCCAGCCUAUGCAGAGUUGACAACUCAAACAUCUUUGACCAAACAGAAAACAGCCCUGAAUCAGCCUUGCAUCGUAGGUUGCUAGAACUUGGCGAGGAUGUCACUAUCGAUAACAUGAUGGAGAUGACAAAGGAAUGGGGAAGACAUUACCUAAUGUCUGACAGUGAAGCAGGAGAGGAUGCCAGUGGUACUGAGGAGACAGAAUCUGUUGAAGAUAAAGACCAGGAAGGUUCUAGUACUGAUGUAGGUGCUGCAAGUAUACAGGUGAAACAGGAAGUAGAAGAAAACAGUCCACUAGAAAUCAACAAAUACUCAAGUGUGCAUGAAGAUGAAAUCAGUGAAACAAGGCGGAUCCAAUCGCUGAGAAGGACAAUUUUAGAACCAAUGAAGAGAGGCCAUCAGGAAUGUGCUAGUGAAGACAUUGAGGGUACAGCUGUGAAGAGGAAAAAGAGAAGUUCACUGAACACAUCUGAAGAUGAAUCUCGUGGACAGGACCAUACCUACUGCAUAUCGGCAGACCUGGAGGAAAGUGAUCUUGCUAUAAGAUCAGAAGAGAAAGAGACAUCAGCAAAGUUGUCACAGUUUCUAAAUAUUGGUAAUCAACUGCCAAGAUGGAACAGUCUGGCAUAUGAACGUAAAUUCAAUGAUGUACAACUGGCAGAGGCACUGAUUGACAGUUAUUACUAUGUAAAGCAGGGUGAUGCUGCAAGAGUGCUAUUUGGAAAGGAAUACAAGAAAUGGAUGAAAGUUAAGAAGGUUCUCAACUUAGGAACGCAUGAAGAUUUGGCCCAAUUCCUUUUGAAUUUUUAUACCUCUUGUUCCUGCUCAAUCCAACAAGAAGCAAGCAAAGAAAUUGAUACCCCUCAGGAAAGCCCAGCUGAUACAUUACCAAGUGCAGAAAAAACGCCUAGCCUAACAAAUAUGGCGAAGAAAAUGAGAACAGCCAACUGGGCGGAUGAUGAAACGCUUCACCUCAUAGAUAUUUGGAGCGAUCUGGAAAUAAAACACAAAUUGGGAACAAAAAGACCAAGCAUACAAGCUGUCUGCAGCAAAAUUGCUGCGAGGUUGGCUGAGCUUAGGCACCCUGUACGAACUGAGAUACAAAUCCAUUGUAAAAUGAAGGACCUGAGAAGGCUGUACAAGGCGGCCGUACAUGACCUAAAGCAGGCCGGUCCAGAAGCCCACCUGCCCAUGCAGUGCCAUUUUUUUUAUAGGAUGCAUGAAUUGAUGGUACAUAGGACAUCCAUAAAUUCACCAGCGUGCGCAACUGGAGAAAGUACUCCAACAGACCAGGAUGAAGAUGUUUAUAUGGACAGUGACAAAGGCAGUUGCUAUGGAGACAACACCGAAGAGCAGGAUAAAGAAGACAAUGAGAAAAUGAAAGGACUAAAGCAACAUGACAAAGAAAAACAACAAGAGAGUAUGGAUGAAAUAGAGGUUAAAAGUAAUGACAAAAGUAAUGAUGAUGAUGAUAUAAAAAUUAAAAAGAAAAGAGCCCCAAACUGGUCUGAUGAAGAAGUAAAUCACCUUUUGGAUAUAAUGAUGGUGCCUCACAUAAGAAACCAUGUGGAAUCCAAUUCACGAGACAAAACAAAAACUUGGAACAAAAUUGCAGAGAAGUUGACUAAUCUUGGACAUAUAGAAAGGAGUGGGAUGCAAGUCCAAAACAAAAUAAAGUACCUCAAAAGUACAUACAAGCUUGUCAAUGAUCUAGGUGGACCUGGUACAGAGGCUGGAUGUAUUGAGAAAUAUCCGUUUUACUAUAAGAUUCAUGAAUAUAUGGUAAAUAAGCCGUCAAACAAAGCUGCUGGCCUGAUUGGAGAGAGUGCUGUGACGGAAUUUCUAGAAGAUGUGCAUAUACAUAGUGAUGAAGAAAGUUUUGAUGAAGAAGGUGCCCAACAUGAGGAUGAGGAGUACAAUGAGGAAAUGAAAGAAAUAGAAAAACUUGCCAAGACAGUGCAUAAUGAAAACAUGGAACCCAGUGUGGAAGAAUUUGUGCAAAGCAGUAUACAAAUGCGAAAAAGAGCUACAAAUUGGACAGAUGCUGAAGUCCAUCACCUGUUAGAUAUUUUGAUGGUGCCUUAUGUAAGACAUAAGUUGGAAUCCGAAGUACAUGACAAAAGAGAAAUUUGGAACAGUAUUGCAGCAAAGUUGACUGAUCUUGGACAUCUGGCCAGAAAUGGUAUGCAAAUCCACUGGAAAAUAAAGGCCCUGAAAAAGGUGUACAAGAAUAUCAAUGAUCUAGGUGGACCAGAUUCAGGAUCCAGAUUUAUUGAGAAAUAUCCUGUUUACUACAGAAUCCAUGAAUUUAUGUCAAUUGGGAUGUCCAAAAACACUAUUACAGUUCCCACAACAGUAGAGAGCCCUCUAAAGGAAGGUGAUGAAGAUGUCUAUAUGGACAGUGAUGAAGACAGUUACUAUGGAGACAAUACCGAAGAGGAGGAUAAAGAAGAUGAGAAAAUGAAAGGACUAAAGCAAUAUGACAAAGAAAAACAACAAGAGAGUAUAGAUCAGAACAUCAAAGAAUUUAUGCAACAUUGCAGUCAUAUAACACGAGAUAGUAAUGACAAAAUUAAAGAUGAUGAUGAUGAUGAUGAUAUAAAAAUUAAAAAGAAAAGAGCCCCAAACUGGUCUGAUGAAGAAGUAAAUCACCUCUUGGAUAUAAUGAUGGUGCCUCACAUAAGAAACCAUCUGGAAUCAGAUUCACGAGACAAAACAAAAACUUAUAACAAAAUUGCAGAGAAGUUGACUAAUCUUGGACAUAUAGCCAGAAGUGGGAUGCAAGUCCAAAGCAAAAUAAAGUACCUCAAAAGUACAUACAAGCUUGUCAAUAAUCUAGGUGGACCUGGUACAGAAGCUGGAUGUACUGAGAAAUGUCCGUUUUACUAUAAGAUCCAUGGAUAUAUGGUAAAUAAGCCGUCAAACAAAGCUGCUGGCCUGAUUGGGGAGUGUGCUGUGAGGGAAGGAGUUUCGUGCAUAUCUGACGAAGCCAAUUACCUGGAAGGAGAGGCAGAAGAGAACGAUGAAAAAGAAUUUGAGUACAUAAAAGAUGAAAUAGAAAACACAAAAGAAGAGGAAAUGGAGAACAGAGGGCAACAUGAAAACAGAGACCAACUUAAGAACAUGAAACAGAUUGUAAAUGAAAGUUCUGAAGAAUUUUCAAAACAUGUGUGUACAAGUGUUGAAAGAAUUGUUGAGAACAUGUUGAGUAUAAAAAGGAGAAGAGGAUUUAAUUGGGCAGAUGAUGAAAUUCAUACACUCCUAGAUAUUUGGAGUGAGCCUAAAAUAAGAGAAAUAUUACAAUCAAAUUCACGUAGCAAGAAAGAAGUUUUUGACAAAAUUGCUGUAAAGUUUGCUGAUCUUGGAUACAUUACUAGAACUGGGGCACAAAUCCGUUAUAAAGUAAAGGACCUGAGAAGAGCAUACAAACUGGUGAAUGACAAAGGUGGACCAUCUUCAAUUUCAACAGAUGAAUUGAUGGAGCAGUGUCCAUUUUACUACAGAAUCCAUGCAAUAUUGGUAAACAGCACAUCCAUAAAUGCAUCUGCUAGUACGUUAGUGGAGAGUACUACAAUGGAAGGGGAAGAUACAUAUGACUCAUACAUACUUAGUGAUGAAGAAAUUAACCAGGAAAGUGAGGAAGAACAGAAGAAUGAAGGAAAGGAGGCACUUGAGUACUUAUACCUAAAACAUAGAAUUAAAAUAGAGGAACCUGAAGUAGAGCAACAUGAAAACAGGGGUCAACAUGAAUUUGAAAACAGAGGUCAACAUGAAAACAGAGGUCAACAUGGAAACAGAGGUCAACAAGAAGAUAGAGAGCAACAUGAAGUCAGAAAGCAACAUGAAAACAGAAGUCAACUAGAAGUUGAAAACACAGUGCAACAUGGAAACAGAGGUCAGCAUCAAGACAGAGAGCAACAUGGAAGCAGAGGUCAAAUUGAAGAGAGAGAGCGACAUGAAAACAGAGAUCAGCCUGAAGUUGAAAAUAGACAGCAAUAUGAGAACAGAGGUCAACAUGAAAACAGAAAGCAAGAUGAAAACAGGGAUCAACUUAAAGUUGAAAACAAAGGGCAAUAUGAAAACAUGGAGCAACAUAAAAACAGAGGUCAAAAUGAAAAUACACAGCAACUUAAAAACAGAGUAAACCAUGAAAACAGAGGGCAAGAUAAGAACAAGGAACAGAUUGUGAAAAAUAAAGUCACAGAAUGUGAAACUUUUGAUGAGUUUUUAAAAUACUGGAAUCAAGUUCCGAUGAAUGAUGAAAGUAAUUUUAAAAAAGAUGAUAUGUUGAAAAAGAGAAGAAGAAUUACUUGGGCAGAUAAUGAAAUUCAUCACCUCUUAGAUAUUUGGAGUGAGCCUAAAAUAAGAGCUGUAUUACAGUCAAAUUCGCGUAACAAAAAAGAGGUUUUUGACAAAAUUGCUGUAAAGCUAACUGCUCUUGGACAUGUUGCUAGGAAUGGGGGGCAGAUCACCCGUAAGAUGAAGGAACUAAGGAGAGCAUACAGACAAGUAAGCAACCAAGGUGGACCAUCUUCAAUUUUAACAGCUGAAUUGAUGGAGCAGUGUCCAUUUUACUACAGAAUCCAUGCAAUAUUGGUAAAUAGUACAUCCACAAAUGCAACUGGUAGCACGAUAGGUCUCGAAGACUCGUACAUAAGUGAUGAAGAAAAUGAGGGAGAACAGAAAGAUGAAGAGCAAUUUGAGCAACAUGAAAACAUGGAACAGAUUUUGGAAAAGAAAGGCAUGUUAGAAGAUUGUUUAUAUGUUGAAGAUGAAACAAUAAAUAUAAAAAGGAGAAGAGGUAUUAAUUGGGCAGAUGAUGAAGUUCAUCACCUAUUAGAUAUUUGGAGUGAGCCAGAAAUAAGAGAUGUAUUACAAUCAAAUUCGCGUAACAAAAAAGAGGUUUUUGACAAAAUUUCCGUAAAGCUUACCAAUCUUGGACACUUUGCUAGGAAUGGGGCACAGGUCACCCAUAAAAUAAAGGACCUAAGGAAAACAUACAGGCAGGUGAACGACCAAGGUGGACCAUCUUUAUUUUCAACUGCUGAAUUGAUGGAGCAGUGUCCAUUCUACUACAGAAUCCAUACAAUAAUGGUGAAUAGCACAUCCACAAAUGCACCUGAUAGCAUGAUAGGUCUCGAAGACUCGUACAUAAGUGAUGAAGAAAAUGAGAGAAAACAGAAAGAUGAAGAGCAAUUUGAGCAACAUGAAAGUGUUGAACAGAUUGUGAAAAAAAAAGUUACGGGAGAAGAUUAUUUAAAUGUUGAAAGUAAUGAUAAAAAAGAAGAUGAAACAAUAAAUAUGAAAAGGAGAAGAAGAUUUACUUGGGUAGAUGAUGAAAUUCAUCACCUUUUAGAUAUUUGGAGUGAGCCUGAAAUAAGAGAUGUAUUACAGUCAAAUUCACGUAACAAAAAAGAGGUUUUUGACAAAAUUGCUGUAAAGCUAAUUGCUCUUGGAUAUAUUGCUAGGAACGGGGCACAGGUCUCAAAUAAAAUGAAGGACCUAAGGAGAGCAUACAGACAGGUAAACGACCAAGGUGGACCAUCUUCAUUUUCAACAGCUGAAUUGAUGGAGCAGUGUCCAUUUUACUACAGAAUCCAUGCAAUAUUGGUAAAUAGCACAUCCACAAAUGCAACUGGUAGCACAAUAGGCGAGAGUUCUACAAGAAAAGCUAUUGGUCAAGAAGACUCAUACAUAAGUGAUGAAGUAAAUGAGAGAGAACAAAAAGAUGAAGAAGAAGAAACAAAUGUAAAAAGGAGAAGAGCAUUUAAUUGGGCAGAUGAUGAAAUUUAUCACCUCUUAGGUAUUUGGAGUGAGCCUGAAAUACGAGAUAAAUUACAAUCAAAUUCGCGUAACAAAAAAGAGGUCUUUGACAGAAUUGCUGUAAAGUUUACCAAUCUUGGACACAUUGCUAGAAGUGGGACACAAAUCCAUUAUAAAGUAAAGGACCUGAGAAGAGCAUACAAACUGGUGAAUGACAAAGGUGGACCAUCUUCAUUUUCCUCAGCUGAAUUGAUGGAGCAGUGUCCAUUUUACUACGAAAUCCAUGACUUAAUGGUAAAUAGCACACCCACAAAUGCACCUACUAUCAACCUAGAGAAGAAUUCUUUGAUAGAUUGGGAUGAAGACUUGCAUACCUCUAUGGUUAGUGAUGAAGAAAGUUGUCAGGAAGAUGAUGAAACAGUAACAACAAAAUGGAGGAGAGCAACAAACUGGUCUAAUAAUGAAAUUCAAUGCCUCAUAGAUAUUUGGAGUGAGCCUGAUAUACGAAGCGAAAUACAAUGCACAAAACCAUUUAAAAAAGAUGUUUGGAAUAGAAUUGCAGUCAGAUUAGCUUCUCAAGGCCCUUUUUACAAAACUGGUGUCCAAAUCUACAACAAAAUGAAGAACCUAAGGAAUUCAUACAGGAACCUCAGUGAUGGACACUGUUCAAGAGAACAGAUUUUUAGAGAGUUUCCAUAUUACGACCGAAUCCAUGAAAUAAUGGGAAAUAUGGAAACUACACAUACAACUACUAGCAAGUGUGGGGAGACGACUAUUCAAGGUAAUGUUGUAGAAGAGGUAGAGCAGAAGAAAAUAGAACAGUUAGAGCAAUGUGAGAACAAAGAACAACCAGGGCGAAUACAUGUAGAACAGUGUAAGACUAUGAAGCCAUACGAGAACAUACGCAAGCCUGAGAAUGUGAAGAUGGUCAAGAAAGAAGUUGAGGAAGACGAAACUAUGGAAACAAGCACGUUUGAAGGUUGUUCCAGUACUGUCCCAAGGGUAGCAGUGCGACAUAGGCAUCCAAUAAUAGAUGACCAAGAAGGUCAGAAAAAACCAUCAAAUUUAUCUCCAAAGUCCUAUGCAGUUCUGACGAAAACAAUGGUACGUAUAACAUCAGAGAACAAUAGGAGAUUGAGGGCUGAAGAAGAGAAGAGGAAAAAGGAUGCUAAGCACAUGAAAGCAGAGAGCAAGUGUAUGACAAAGAUACUGGAACUGAUGAAGGCUGAUGUGCAGGGGAGGAAACUUGCCAGGGAGGAAAGAUCCAGGCAACUUCAAACUAUGAUGCAAGUUAUUAGUGGAAAGUCAUUGGCAAAUCCAUUGGCAAAUCAGCCCAGUACUAGUAACACUAAUGAAAUAAUAACAAUAAGUGAUGAUUCUCUUGAUUAG